AUGACAAUGACAAGUAAUGAUAUCGAUUUACUACAUAUAGACGAAGAUUUGGAAUUGGAUUCUACAUCAAGUAAUUCACAUGUUCGUAUACAUUCCCCAUUACCUUUACUCAAAAUACCAGUUAAAUCUACUGAGUCUCUUAAUUUUACUGUUCGAUCACGUCAUAAAUCAAAAACAUUAUCUAAAAAAAGAACGUUAACUCGUUACAUUUUUCCAAGGAUACCUUCUCGUACUGAAUCAUUAAUUCAGCCAUUAGAUUAUUAUGAACCUGACAAUUACUAUCAUCAUCAUUAUUAUCAUCAUCAUCAUCAUCAUCAUCAACAACCACAGCAACAGUUACAACAACAAGGACAACAAUCUAAUGAAGGCUGUGAUAUGCGGUUUUUUAUUAUUCGACAUGGUGAACGAGUCGAUAGAUAUUUCGGGUCAAAUUGGUUUAUGUUAGCCUUUGAUAAUAAUGGUCAAUAUCGUCCAUAUCAUGUAAACUACCCACCUGAUUUACCACCACGUCCAAAUAAAUAUUUUUGGGCACUUGAUACACCAUUAACACGUGAUGGUUUAAAUGCUGCACAAAAUGUUGGUCGAGUAUUAGGCCUUAAUCAAUUCGAACCAACAUAUGUUUAUUCAUCACCAGCUAUGCGUUGUAUAUUUACAACAUUUCAAAUCUUAAAAGGUCUUGGAUUAGAAAAUAAAUUAUCCAUACGUAUUGAACCAGGCCUAUUAGAAUUAGGUGCUGCAAGAUUUGGUAUGAGUUUCUUUCUAACACCAAUUGAAUGGUAUAAUUAUGGAAUAAAUGUUGAUUUAACUUAUCAACCUAUAAUGCAAAAUAUUGAUCCAUUAGAACGUGAAAGUGCAUAUUAUCUUCGUUCAAAAUAUAUUAUUCGUCAAAUAGAACAGAUUCAUAAUAAUAAUUCUUCGCCUUCAUCACUUAAUAUUUUACUUGUUGGUCAUGCAACAUCACCGGAAACUUUAACAUGGGAUUUAGUUGGACGUCAACCCAAUGUUUAUGAUUUAUUUACAUUAUCAUUAAAUAUUGGUUAUCUUCAAAUGGUUAUAACUGAACGAGAGAAACAAACAAAAGCUUGGUCAUUAACACAAAUGCCAUUACAAUCAACAACACUUAAAUGGGUUUAA